AUGGCCAAAGUCCCUGACCUGUUCGAAGACCUGAAGGACUGCUACAGUGAAGAUGAAGACUACAACUCCACCAUGGACCAUCUGUCUCUGCAUCAGAAAUCCUUCUACACCACGAGCUACCACUCACUUGGUGAGACCUGCGUGGACAAGCUGAUGUCUCGGAGCACCUCGGAAACCUCGAAGACGUCCAAGCUCACCUUCAAGGAGAGCCUGGUGCUGGUGUCUGCCAACGGGAAGACCCUGAAGAAGAGGCGGCUGAGCUUCCAUCAGCCCAUCUCCGAUGACGACCUGGAGGCCAUUGCCUACGACCUAGAAGAAGAGCCCAUCAAGCCCCGGUCCGCAUCUCGCCUCCUCCAGAACAAUGUGAGUUACACCUACAAAAGGAUCAUCCAAAAGGAGUUUGCCCUGAAUGACCCCCUCCAUCAGAGUAUAAUCCAAGACCCGACAUCUCAGUACCUCAAGGCUACGUCAUUAACUGACCAGGACCAGGAAGUGAAAUUCGACAUGGGUGCCUACAUUUCAACAACAGAGGAUUCCAAAUUUCCAGUGACGCUAAGAAUCUCUAAGACGCAUCUCUUCGUGAGUGCCCAAGAAGAAGACGAACCUGUGUUGCUCAAGGAGAUGCCAGAGACACCAAAAACCAUCACAGGGAGCGACACCAACCUCAUCUUCUUCUGGGAAAGUCACAGUGGCAUGAACUACUUCACCUCAGCCGCCCACCCGGAGCUGCUUAUUGCCACAAAGGUGGACAGUGCGGUGCACAUGGCCAGGGGCCUCCCCUCGAUGACAGAAUUCCAGAUUUCGUAA